UUGUAAACACGAUGGCGGCUGCCGGUGUUGCUGCACCACAAACCGGCACACAAGAUGACGAAGAAUGGCUUUAUGGGGAUGAUAAUAAAGAGGCACAAGAAAAAGCUAGUGGGGUUGCUGAACCAACAAAACACAGUAGAUCUGACAGAAAAGAUGACAGAGAAGCUGGAGAAUUGAGUGGCGAGGAGGAAUCACAAUCACAAGGAAAAGAAAAUGCUGCAGAACGUGAAUCUGAAGAUAGCGAUGAGGAUUCUGAUGAUGAUGUUCAGGUCACAAUUGGUGAUAUACAAACUUUUCCUAUGAAUGAUGCAUCUAGAAAUUUAUUUAAGACACAAGGUGGAUACCACAAGUCUGCUGGUGGAGCCAUCAGAGCAAUAACAUCAACAGGGACGACCAAGGGCGUGGAUGUAGAGGCAGUAGGAAGUAUUAAUGGUGUACCUACUUAUGACUUUGAUCUUGAUGGUAUACAGGCUGAAGAUAAACCAUGGAGAAAACCAGGUGCUGACAUAACGGAUUAUUUUAACUAUGGGUUUAACGAAGAUACAUGGAGACAAUACUGUGAUAGACAGAGAAGAAUGAGGUCAGAAGCUGGAUCCAUGGGAGGGAGGACUUAUGCAACAGUACGACCCAUUGGAGAUCCAAAGAAAGAUUUACUAGGUGAUUCAGUAAGAUCUGUUCCUGUUUUGGAGAACAGGAAGCCAGUCACUACCAGAAAAAUUGCUGGUACCAUUGAUGUUAUAGGGAGUACAGCUAGAGAUUCAAGGCGACCUGAUUCUACUGGAGAUCCUAUUCCGACAACAGGGAAAUCUUACACAACAGACCCUACAGCAGGAAUACCUGGCUUGCCACCAGGGAUACCACCCCCAGAUUAUUCAGUGCCACCUCCAGGAUUACCACCACCUGGAUACCCUCCUCCUGGUGUUCCUUUAACUAGUGUUCCACCUCCAGGAGCCAUACCUGGCUAUGAACAUUACUAUCCACCACCAGCAACCAGAUUUGAUGAAAGAGGAUCUAGUUACUAUGAUUCACAGGCAUAUGGGGCAGCUUAUAAUGAUUCACAUUCUGCUUGGGAUAACAGGGGUACUGGUUACAGAUGGGAUUCUGGUCGUGAAAGGAGCCCAGCUAGGUCUGAGUCCGAUUUCAGCAGUUCAGGAAGUGAAAGAGAUUUCAGAUACAGAGAUCGGAGAUAUGAUAGAGAUCGAGAUCGAGAUAGGGACAGGAGUCCAUUUAGAAGAGAACGAGACCGUUACAGUAAUAGAGACCGUGAAAGGGACAGAGACCGUGAUAGGGACAGGGACCGGGAUAGAGAAAGGGACCGUGAUCGUGACAGGGAAAGGGACCGCUACAGAGAAAGAGACACAUCAAGAACUAGAGAAGGUUCUAAAGAUGUCAGGAUUAAGGAAGAAAAACAUCAUAAAUCUAGUAGAAGGAAAAAGGAUGAUGAAGAUUCUGAUCACCAUAAAACUAAACAUAAAAAGAAGAAGAUUAAGAAAGAGAAGGAUGAUGAUGAUCAGUAUCCUCCAGUUCUUACGCAGGAGAUGCCUCAAGUCAAAUCAGAACCUUCAUCAUGAUCUUCUUUGUCUAAUAUCAUUGUGUCAUAUUGUCAUGUCGUUAAUAAAUGAUGUAUAUAUAA